UUGCGCGAGUGGAAGAACAAAAAGAACAGAGAAAAUACUCAUUUUACAAAACUUUUGUCAAAAUGACGGCUCAUGUAAAACAUAUCGAACAGUUACACCAAUUUGAGAGUUUCAAUUCGAGUUCUAAGAAAAAAGAAAAAUCUUCAAUACCUCCUUUAUCAAGUGGCAAGUUCGUAAACUUAUUUGAAGAAGAAAAAGACAAUAAUACGAAGAAGACAAUAAUUGCAGAUUCAUCUGAAACAAAUAUUGAGAAAAGUCAGUCAAGUAUCAAUGAAAAGUUUCACGAAAUAGAUGUCCGAACAUCAAGUCCAAAAGAAAGAAAUUUACCCAAUUGCUUAUCAUUAGCACCCCCACCAAUUCCUAAACGCACAUUUCAAGGAAAAGUUUUCAUAAAUUCAAAACAUCAACCAGCCUCGUCAACUAAUAUUUCACCUUCUGGCGGUGCUUACAAUAGUUCGAUCGAGGGAAAGAAUAAGAAAAACAAAAGUCUCUCAGAACCUAAUUCGAAGGAGUCAUGUUCAAGUCGUUUCUGCUCCAUUAGUUUUGACGACAUUGGUGACUCCGACGAUCUUGUCAUUUUCGAUAAAAAGAACCUUUUGAUUGACCCAAACCAAUCGUCAAGUGACUCAAGUCGCUCUCAAACAACGAUUGAUACAGGAUACAUUUCGGCUUUUGAAAACGACCAUCCUUCAGUCCCAAUAAAUCAAAGACAAUUUCGAGGGCGGUUUUCGUCAGAAGACACACAAUCAUCACUCGACAGUUAUUUAUCAUCAGAUUUACAGCGUGCUGAUACUAUCGAAUCUUUGCAAAGUAAUUUAACGGAUUCACCUUUCGUACUGAAGAAAAAUGCAAAUUUCUUUAGUUUCGAUCAGACACGUCUUAGUAAGAAAAUAUCUAGCAGUGGUUCGAUUGAUUCCGACAAUAAUCGUUCAAUUACACCAAUUAAAACCCAUGCAAUGAGACGACUCCCAGCUGUUCCAACGAGAAAAGGAAUACGUCAAAGAACUCCACCUGUACCACCAUUAAGAGCUUCACACUUGGCCGAAACAAAAUUGCGAAACGACGGAUCGCAAAUGACAAUGAAAAACAACAUACGAGCAGAUUUGAAUUCAAACAAAACGCCAUCAUUAGGUGAAAUUAAUCACUCGAAAACUAAUCAGCGACAAGAUUCAAGUAUUUCAAGCGAUAGCUUUUCCUUGAUUUCUAGUCCCGGUUAUCAUACAAAAAAUAUGGAAGUUCCAUUGCUACAUAAUGCAUCAAGUAUGAAUAAAUCAAGAAGCAUUGUUCAUGAAAAUUCAAAGAAUUACAAUAUGUCAAUCAAUAAGUCAACUACUGACAAUCGAAUAUACUCAUCACAACGACAAAGUUCAAGCAUUUCUAAUGAUAGUUUGAGUCAAACAUCAAGUCCAGGCUCCAAUCCGAAAUCUCUAGAAACACGAUUGAUAACAACUCAUGGAAAAAAAAAUCAUAGAAUGAAAAAUGCUAUUAAGAAUCCUGAUGAGAUUGUCAAAGAUCAAACAGCAGAAAAUAAUAGUUCAGUGGCUAUUAUCAAAAGUGCAUCAACACCAGCAGGUCUACAAACAAUUGUGAGAUUUUCUAAUGGUUCUAAUAUGUCAUUACAGCACAAGAUUAUAAGAGUUAGGAAAAAUUCCAAUCCUUAUGUGACAAGGGGAAAAUUGCGCUUUCGCUUAUGUCAGGUUUUGCUGAACGCUUUAGCAUUACUCAUUAUUGCGGCUGGUUUGGCUGGUUACUUCAAUGCAUAUCCGUCGGUUAAAUUUGUCAACAAGACAGUGGUUGCUCCUACAGAAAUUGACGUAACAAAUAUCUCAAAUUCAAAUAAAAAUCCUGCACCUGGUGUCUGCUUACCAGUAAUUGUGAAGUUCUGUCAAAAUCAUAAACUGCCAUAUAACUAUACUGUGUUUCCUAACUAUAUCGGACAUUUUGGCCAAUUAGAAGCUCAAGUCGAACUGGAGCAGUUCGAUGCUUUAGUUGAUGUGCAAUGCUAUGAACUCGUUCCUUUAUAUUUGUGUUCUUUGUUCGUGCCUAAAUGCAGUUCUAUUGGAAAGCCCGUACCACCAUGUAAAAAUUUGUGCAUUGAAACUAUGAGACGCUGUGGCUUUUUCUUCGAUGUUUUUGGCCUAGAGCUUCCCGAAUAUUUAUCAUGCAAACUUUUCUCUGAUUCAGUGAAUCCUGAUGAGUGUGUGGGUGCUAAAGAAAUGAAAGCUUUGAAAACACGAAAACCAGUUUGUAAUGAAUUUUCAUGUGACAAGAAACGUUGCAUUCCGCAUCGAUAUGUGUGUGAUGGUGUUGUUGAUUGCUUUGAUCAGACCGAUGAAAUAAAAUGCUCUCCUUGCAAUAGUUCGUCAAUUCAUUGCGGUGAAAGGAAGUGUAUGAGUGACCGACACAUUUGCGAUGGCGCUGUUACAUGUCCAUACGCUCAAGAUGAACGUAAUUGUAUAAGGUUGAGUUCGACAAAUGGUGACAUGGGAAGGGGAACUCUUGAGGUUUAUAAAGCUAAUAAGAAGAGAUGGGAACCAGCAUGCAUUAGGAAUUGGAUUCCCGAAGAAUCGCCAACAAAAGUCUGCUCAAUGUUGGGCUAUAACUCAGUUAAUUCCAGUCGUUUGAUGCGUCGAGGCACAAACUUCACCAUUGUUUCGAAUCAAGAUCCAACUGCGUGGAUGAGAAUCUCACAAAGAAAAACAUCAAAUUUGAUCAGGGAUUAUGUUAACUGCAAUGAUGAUAAAUCACAAAUUGUAGCUGAAUUGACAUGCACAAACUUCGAAUGUGGUAAGAUCAGAACGAGGAAAAGGAGAAUUCCAAAGACGAGAAUUAUUGGUGGUAAUGAAUCGAAUCCGGGAGAUUGGCCAUUCCUCGCAGCUAUACUUGGCGGGCCAGAAGAAGUUUUCUAUUGUGCUGGUGUUCUCAUAGCAGAUCAAUGGGUUCUUACAGCUUCUCAUUGCAUCGGAAAUCACACUUUAAGAAAUUCGAAUGAUUGGACAAUUCAACUUGGAAUGACAAGAAGAAAUUCUCACGCACAUUAUGGACAGAAGAUAAAGAUUAAAAAAGUCAUCCCUCAUCCACAAUACAAUGAGGUAAUUGCACAUGACAAUGACAUUGCACUCUUCCAGCUUGCAACACGGGUAGCAUUUCAUGAUCAUUUGCUUCCUGUUUGUUUGCCUCCAAGUUCUAUGAAAGAACUUGUGGCUGGUACAAACUGCACUGUUAUUGGAUGGGGAAAAAAGGAAGAUAAAAAUUCUGAUAAAAACUCCCAUCAUGGCCCCAUACGAACAGCGUAUGAACCAGCAAUUAAUGAGGUUGUUGUUCCUGUACUUAAUCGAGAAUUAUGCAACGAAUGGCUUGAUACUCUCAAUGUCACAGAAGGCAUGAUAUGUGCUGGUUACGAAGGAGAUUCCGGAGGUCCCCUCCUUUGUCCUUACCCUAAUGAAAGAGAUCGUUGGUUUGUAGGUGGAAUUGUUUCUUGGGGAAUUAUGUGUGCACAUCCAAAGUUACCAGGCGUGUAUGCAAAUGUUGUAAAAUACAUUCCAUGGAUAUUGAGCCAUAUUAACAACCAUACGACAAACAAAGCUGACAGUUUUGGGGGUUAAACCAAUUUAUAAUAAACAUUGAUAUGGUGAACAUAAGAAACACCAGAAUCGAUUGAAACGUUUUCAUUUUAACGUGGAAAAU